AUGGGUCUCUUCUCUCAUCACCAUCACCACGACCACCCCCAGGGCGGUCCCUCUCCUCCUCCCUCUGGUAACCAAGGACCUCCUGGUGGUCAUCACGGUGGUCCUGGAGGCCCCGGUGGUGGCCCCAGUGGCUUCGGAGGUCCUGGUGUUCAUAACGGAGGUCCUGGAGGCCCCAAUGGCGCCCCUGGUGGUCCUCACGGUGGCCCUGGAGGUCCAGGGGGCCUUGGAGGAUUUGGAGGUCCCUCUGGUGGUCCUGGCGGCCAUCACGGUCAUGGCCCUGGUGGUUCAGUAAGUUAA